GCCAUGUCCUGCUUCAGCAUCACCAAGCGCAGUCUCUUCUCCAAGUCCUCCUCUGCGCUCAAUACUGCAAGCUGUCAUGCAAAAGCCAUCCCUCACAACACUCUCCCCUUCGUCGUCCAGAAACGCGGCAAGCGCACGCGCGGGUUCCCCGGACUCUUGCAGAAUGCGCUGAAGAGGGAGGAGAGGCAUCUGAAUCGCCUCACCGAAUAUCUCGAAACCGUCAAAGUCCGACGAGACAAAGAGGCUGCCUUUGCGCGUGAGGAUAUGGCGAAGCACGGGAUCGACUUGGAGGACGUGGACCCCGAACCGAAUGGGACUGCGAUGCCUGACGCCAACAACUACUUCUGGCAGCGUGCAUUUACAGCCGAGGAGAGGGAACGAAUGAGCUUGAAUAAAAUUAAUGGAGUCGAAGACCUCGUCACCUUCCAAACCGAGGCCAAAAUGCUGCUCGAAACACCCGACGAGAAGGGCAGAAAGCGCAAGCUCGCCGACCUCGAGCCGCCGCAGCGCCUCGCGCAGGAGAUGUACAAGGUAUUGCAGAAGCGGACAGGGCUGGCGGAGAAGGAUUUGUGGCAAUGAGAGUGAGUAGGUAUCGAACGUGUGGCGACGAGGGCGUUUUCAGAAAAAUCUACGAGCAUCUAUAGCAUUAUACAGGCAUAAUUUACCAGCAGUCUACGGACACAAGCACUGUAAAGCACGAGCACAAGCGCGGCAUCACGCGUCUACGAAUCCCUCCUCGUUAUCAUCCCACCCAAGCGUCUCGGGCGCAAUCCCAAGCAGACGCAGCAUCGUCCCCAGUGUCUGCUGCGGCUUCGCCUCCUCUUCCUCGUCCUUGUACUGCGAACCAUCAUCCUUAUUCUCCUCCUCAGCCUCCCCAUCUCCCUCAUUCGCCCACCCCCACGAACUCCCACCCUUCUUCUCAUCCUCCUUAUCCCACCCCCACCCCUUAUUCGCAUCCUCCUCCUUCCCAAACCCGC